CUGGAUGUUUUACCCGAUUGGGCAGGUGGCCAAACUGCCGAGGUUAUCCCGACGCGAUAACAACGCACGAGAUGCUUCGCUGCAGGUCAACAUUGACUACUCCCUCUUCCUCCUUUAAUUCUGACUCGCUGGGCGGUAUUUCGGGCCGUUUUCCGACUAAUCUACUCAGGCCUGCGCUUAUAUUAUAUGAGAACCAGAUCCAGCACUUCGCCCUGUCGACUAGUGCUGUACAUUGUACCUGUGCCUCCGCAUAAAUGUCCCAACAAACAGAUCUUCAAUGGCAACAAGUUAGCCCCGCUCGUUGGGAGCGUGGCAUCGACGAGGUUGAACAGUUUUACACCUCCUUGGCGAAAUCGUACGAAGGUAGCGGGCGCAAUUUCUUUGCCAUCACAGGCUUCGUGUCAUUCUCUGUCAAGACAGAUGACGGUGUUUCCGAAGAGGAAACAAGAAGAAAAGUCGAGGAUGCACUGCGCAAGGCAUGGGUGCAUCUGCGUUUCGACCACCCGACCAUUGCGUCCAGGGUAGAAUGGGAUUCCGACCGCAAGCCCUGCAGAAAGAUAUACGAAUCUCCCGCCGGGCAAGAUGCCCUUCAGUCGUGGCUGGAAACCACGUUUCUCACCAUAUCAAACGGCGUCUCCGGGCUCGAAUGGUGCAAUUCAGAUCCUCCGGUGCCUAAACUACCGACUCUCUUUCUGAUAUGGCCGUCUCCUCGCGUUGAAGGACUCCUCCAGGGUGAUCUUGUGCUCCGCGCGCAUCACGACAUCAUCGACGGCGUUGGGACACUGAUGUUAUUCGACAAUCUCUUUACCCAUGCGGCGAGAGCCUACAAAAGAGGGUCGGAUUAUCCUCUCCCUUGUUUCGGUAUAGAAUACGCCAACUUGAGUCCCCCGUUCCGUGUAGCUGCGGGCCUGCAGCCAAGCAUGUCUCCCGAGCAGAGGGAACGAUUCGAGUCGGUCAUGGCAUACAACGCGUUCAUGAAGCAGAAUCGUAUGGAGAUUGCCAGCGUUCCCUUUAAGAGGGGAGAACACCUCCCUGGAAAACAUCAGAGGGUCGCCAUCAAUCUUCCCAUUCAGCAGACCACGGCCAUUCUCAGCGCCUGCCGCCGGCUAGGCUUGAGUGUAACGCAUGCAUACCAUGCAGCAAUUGCGAUAGCGGUGCGUGAUCUUCAGGAACGCCGCGAUAGCGUACGCCUAGUCAGGUAUAUUAAUUACUGCCUGAUAAACGAGCGGGGACAUUGCUUGAGCCCGUACGAUACUCUUCUCCAUGCAGCGGCAGUCUACCACUCCGUUUCAUGCAGGCUGCUCAUUGUUGAUACCACAGUCCCGAGUAUAACCGACAGCUCGAGUCCGACAGAGGUGAGCAGAGAGGAGUUUCUAAGGGUCACGAAGACGGUCAGGGAGUUCUAUCACCAAAUGAGAAGGGACAAAGAUCAUAUUCAAAUGAUACCAUCGUGGUUUGCCAGCAACACUAUUCCCUACCCGCAUGAUAAUGCCACGUCCCCAGUCCCGGAACCAAAUCAAUCGCCGUCAGUUUCAAUCUCCAGCCUGGGCGUGGUCGACAAUGUGAUCAGCCCUUCGCAUGGGGCAUUCGAGCUGGAUACCCCUUGGGUGACUGGAGAGGAACUGGGGACGGGUCUCGGACUGUUCCUGGGGACCUGGAAGGGGGUGCUGACACUGAGUGCGGCAUACAAUGAUGCGUGGCAUGAGAAGGAAGAGGUAGUGAGGUUUAUCGAGCGAUGCAAUGUUAUUGUUGUCCAGGGAUUGGGGUUGAGCAAGGAUGACCUUAUUAUCUCAGCUAAGGUCCACGUCUUGACGAAGCUCAGCCCCUCAACGGUCUGCUGCGCAUGUGCCUCUUUCCUUGCUUACACGCUCACCGCGUCCCUGCAACCAGUUCGUGCGGUGCUAGAUAGCGAUGUAGCUGUACAUGCGCGUCACUUUUUCAUCGAGGGGUCAUUACCGCGUUUGUCCCAUGGAGUUUCUCUCGUUCUGUAUACCAACAUCGUCAGCACCAUCAGUCCGUCCGAGCUGAGCCCGGCUUCUUCCCCCCGGCAGUACGCACUUCUCUCGCACGAGCUGUACAAGCCCUCGUGCUUAUUCUCGCGGCGGAUUGUCAGUUCUCAGCUGCGGUGUUUGCGAAUCGUCACCGCUGUGAGAUGGCAGUGAAGGCGAUAGGAG